AUGAAUCACCUUGGUUUUGUCUUCUUCACACUUCUGCUAUUAGCAGUUCUCAGUUCAUUAGCCUUCUUUGCAAUGCGUCGCAAGCGGCUCGCGAGAGAAGCGGCUGUAUUGCCUACAUAUCACCAAGUAUCUCAUCACCGAUCAGCGUCUAUAAGCAACUUCAAUACUGGUCGCAAGAACGAAUCAGUCUUUGUCUAUGAUGAAAAGAUGAAUCUCAUACACAAUUCUGGCAACCCAUCUACUACAGCGGUUCCUGAAAUCCACAUUACAUUUCCCGAUGAAGACGAAAAGCCUGGCAGCAGUCAAAAGGGCCGUGUUGUGGUGGUCCAUAUUACUGAUUCAGGUAGCGUUGGAAUGGAGCCAUUGAACCGCGACAUCCUUCCACCAUACCAAAAGGAAGAUGCCGACCGAUUCCAGUCUCUGGACCUUGAAAGAAUUGGUGGGCUACGAGAAAAAGAAAGCUCAGAUCGAAGAUGGUCAUAG